AUGAAUUCAAUGAAAAAACUAAUUCUAUAUCUGGGGAACCGUUGGAGGCUUAAGAUCCAUGCUAAAGAAAUCAUUGCCUUUACUUUUUAAAGAUUUUAUUUGUGCUGUCUGAAGAAACGAGGUAAGGACCGUCCUAUGUUAUGGAGAAAAAUCAAUUUGUAUAAUUAGGGUGUUAAUAUGAUUAGUGAAGAGUUUGAUGCAGUCAAUUUCAUUGAUAAAAUGAGAAAACUGGAUCUUUUUCUAUCUCUAUUCCUGAAUAAAAACUAGAAUUUUCUCCUCAAAUUUUAAAAGAAGCAUCUCAUAUAAAGUAAUGAUUUGUUGUCUAGCGAUGAGGAAGACAAGAGUAGUUUCAAUCAGUUUAUUAGGAAAUAUACAUAAUCUAACUAUUAAAAAAAUUAACCAAAGUAAUAUGAAAGAAAGCUUGAGGACAUUUUGAAUGUUUAUACUAAACUCGACGAGAUUCCCCUUCUUGAUAAAAAGAUUAUUAAUGGAUUAUUAACUAAAAAGCCCUUAGAUAUUUUGGAGAGGACAUCAAAUUCAUCUCAACAAAAGAAGGAGGUUAAAAGUAAUAGAGCAUCUGGAUAUGAAUUCAAUAAAUAUUAAAUAGGAUCUCAGCAAAACUCAAACAGAAAAAGACUAUUAAAAGAUAAAAAAUUCUCUUUAGGAUUUAUUCAUAGGCAAAUCUUUGAAGGAAAAAGUAGGUCAGCCUAGCAAGUUGCUGAAGUAAGCAAGCCAAAAUAAUUCAAAAAGAGAAGUCAUAAUGAUAUUACUUUAAAGGCAAAGAAAAUUACUACCGGACUAAAAGAGAUUAUUUUAACGAAAGAAUGA